AUGGUUUCCGUGAGCUAUGGGACCAUCUCCCGAGCCGCCCUGAAGCAGCUGCCCUAUCAGUCCAAGACCCUCUCCCUGCGCAAGAAAGUUGUGCUGGGCCUCGCCGUCGUGGCCUGCGUCGCUGUUGGCGCGCUGAUCUCUACCUCCCGCUCCUCAUCCUCCACCUCCCUCAUGGGAACAUGGACGAAGCCGACGGGGAUCGGGAUUGACCGAGAGCCCUACUCGGCCCCGAUGAACCUCUGGCUGUACUGGGGCCGCAUGACCAACAAGCGCUUCACCGGAUCCGGGGAGCACGUGCGCCAUGUGUUUCAGAUGGGCACGAUCGCAGGAGGGGAGUGGAGGGACCCCAAAUUCCUGCGGUCGCUGGAGGGAGGGAUGUUCAACAAGCUGUCGGGCAUCUGCUGCAACGCGCUCCUCUUCCCCCCUAUCGAGUGGGACUUCCUCGUGGUCAACCCCCAGAAGAUCGUCGGGCAGAACAUCCGGCAAUUCGUGGCUAACGGCAAUACCAUGAUUUUCACCGGGGGCAUCCUCAGCCUCGAGUUUAUCAACCGCUACUUCAGCUAUCAGCUUGAGCCUGCUGAUGGCAACCUGGACCCGGGCCCCUUUGUCCGCCUCCCUCACUUCCAAGGCUUGACUCAGGAGCAGCAUGACCUCCUGGUGAAGGGCUCCAAGGAGAACCUCCCCUCUCCUCGCACCCUCCCCCAGAUCGGCAUUGAGGUCACUUCGAUCAAGAAGGACUCUCUCCCCUCUGGCACUUCCGUGAUCUACUCCUCCCCCUACAACUCCGCCGUCGUCGCCAUCAAGUUCUGCAUGGCAGAGAACCCGGCCAACGACCCAGCUGCCCCCCUUCCCCCCGUCAAGGUCCUGCCCCGCGACUGCCCCGUCACCGCGGCCCAGGGCAGACCCUGCUCGUGCGGCUUCAUCUGCUACCUCGGGUACAACUGGCGUGACGCUUACCCGUCCCGGUGGGACACGGCGCUGAAGGGGAUGGUGGACGUAUGCUCGCAGGUGCCCCCAGAGAACAACUCUCCCUCCCUCCUCGCAUCUCUCAACGACGGGCCCAUGGCGGAGCCGGAGAAGUCGGAGAAGGAGGCGGAGGACUCGAUCGCUGCGCAGGAGAGCAUCAUGAAGCAGAAGUUGCACCCUCAGGCUCUGAAGAACGAGGAGGAGAAGGAGCAGGAGAAGGUGAAGGAAGAGGAGAAGGUGAAGGAGAAAGAAGCUGAGGAGAAGGCUUCCAAGGAGGAGGAGGAGAAGGCUGAAGGUACAGAGGAGAAAGCUGUUGAGCGGCCGGACGAGGAGGAUGAGAAGAGCGCAAAGCUAAAGAUGUACCGGGAAGACCAUAACCAGCGUGACGCUGAAGACGUGAGAGAGAGAAGAACAUCCAACCGCGAUGGGUGUGGUCCCCUCUGCAAGCUUGAGAAUCUCGUCGACAACUUAGAAGACAAGAAAUACCAGCAGGACCAGGACCAGGACCAGGACCAGGACCAGGAGAAGGACCAGGAGAAGGAGGAGCGGGAGCAGGAGCAGGAGAAGGAGAAGGAAAGACAAGGAAGGGGAGAGGAUCGCGAUGGUGCGAUCAGCGCUCAGGAGGACAGAUCGCUGCCUAUCUCUUCUCCUCGCCAUCACGGUCCUGCUAACGUGUCCUCCUCCAUGCCUAUGUACCAUGACGCCUUCAUCACCACCACCAUCACCAUCACCACCAUCACCAUCACCACCGCAACCACAACCUUCACCAUCGUCAUCAUCAACAACACUGUCAACACGUCCAUCACCAUCAUCACCAUGACCAUGACCAUCACAGUAACAAACAUUCUCGCAGAGCUUGAGAGUCUGCGACAGGACAAGAGCUGUGAUCCUUACUUGGACUAUCCCAUCCCGAUCGGCAAAGAUGCGACGAUUUCUGAGCCAUGGGUUCACAGUCUCAGUCUUGAGCUUCUCUCAAGCAGGUUGUUCCCUGGAGCUCGAGCCCUUGACGUGGGAUCUGGAAGGUGA